AUGAUGUCAGCUGUAAAAUCUCUCCUCGUCGUUAUCAUUGCUAUUCUGAUAUCCACAACUGUUGGAUUCUUGCCUCGCCUCCCGGUGAGACAUCUCUCUCCCAGCAUCAGCGAUGCUUUGUCCCGUUUCAUAUUAAAGGAAAGCGGAGGUAAUAACGAAGAAAGCAUGCCUCCUUCAAAACUUUCAUUGGAAGAGAAGAUGAAAAACUGGGAAGCUACAGAAGAAGAACAAAAAGCCGCGAGCCUAGGGGGUGUUGUUCCUGGACGUUCGGAUGCAUUUGAUAUUGGUCUUUUUGUUCUCUUUCCACUCAUGGUGUUGUCAGGCUUAGCGUUUGCCUUUUUCCCGUUAAUCAUGGACAAAAUAGACGUCGACAGUGUGGGCCCGCCGCCGAUGGUGUAG